AUGUUUCCAGAUAUAACAGCUCCAGGAGUGAACAUAUUAGCUGCUUAUUCUCUAGUAGCCCCAAUUUCUCCGUAUUCAGAAGACAUUAGAAAAGCACCCUUCAACAUAAUAUCAGGGACUUCCAUGGCUUGUCCCCAUGUUAGCGGAGUUGCGGCUUAUAAAGAAGGGAGCAUGAUAAAUUUAACACAUAACAUGAGUUCAGAAACUAACCCUGACGGGGAAUUUGCCUAUGGAGCCGGUUUUCUCAAUCCUCUAGGUGCAGCACACCCCGGUUUAGUCUACGACCGAAACGAGACUGAUUACAUUGAUUUUCUCUGUGCUGAAGGUUACAAUGUCAAGCAACAAAAAAACCUCACCAAGGGCGGAAGCAGAUGCUCCAAAUCCUCCAAAAAAAGUGGCGGUGACCUAAAUUACCCAUCCUUCACCGUCUCUACCUUGCGACAGAAGCUAUUUAGCCAAAUCUUUGAAAGGACUGUCACAAAUGUUGGGCCACCACAGUCCACUUAUAAAGCCACUUUUUGGCCCCAGAAGACAUUGAAAUUUAGGUCAACUGGAGAGAAGUUGAAUUUUAAAAUGCAAGUGCUUGGAAUCCUGGGCCAAGACGAUGAAGCACUUGUGUCUGCGUCUCUAGUAUGGGAUGAUGGUCGUUACCGAGUUAGGAGCCCCAUUGUGAUACAUGUGCCAUUUUGA